UUCAUUGAGGAAAUACACAACGUGAGCGCUUCUCUGUCUCUCCGGACUGUAGUUUAUUGUCGCUGGACAGACAGGCAGAAGCUGCUGGUGUUGUCUGGAUUCCUCCCCUCGUCUGUGUGUCGUUAUGUCACUGUCUGAAUUUCUGACCUGAAAAACUUGGUGAGAAAGCCUGAACAUUUAAAGAAUGGACCCGGACGCUGACCUUCAGCAAACAGAUAGCAGCACUCCAGCUGAAUCAACAGAUCGUCCCUCGAGGAUGACAAGACAACAGAUCCUCACCUUACUAUCAAUGGCCUCUGUCAACUUCAGUUCAAUGAUUUGUUACUCAAUAUUAGGCCCAUUUUUCCCCACCGAGGCAGUGAAGAAAGGAGCCAGUCAGACUGUCGUUGGACUCAUAUUUGGCUGCUACGCUGUGUGCAACUUAAUCGGUUCAUUGGUACUGGGAAAAUAUAUUGUCCAAAUUGGUGCAAAGUUCAUGCUCAUCACAGGACUUUUUGUGUCGUCAUGCUGCACCAUUCUGUUUGGAUUACUUGAUCGGCUUCCCGAGGGACCUGCCUUCAUUAGUAUGUGCUUUGUUGUAAGGUCCAUCGACGCCGUGGGCUUUGCGGCUGCAAUGACCUCUUCUUUUGCCAUCACAGCAAAAAUAUUCCCAAACAAUGUGGCAACUGUUCUGGGCAGUUUGGAGAUUUUCACAGGACUCGGUCUUAUCAUGGGGCCACCAGUAGGAGGCUGGUUCUAUCAGUCAUUUGGAUAUGAAGUCCCUUUUAUGCUUCUUGGAUGUUUGCUAAUGAUUAUGGUUCCUUUCAACAUUUACAUCUUGCCAACUAUAGAGGCAGACCCCUCCAAAAACUCAUUCUUUAAGCUUCUCACCCACGUGAAAAUAGUCCUGAUCUGCUACGUGAUAUUCAAUCUCAGUGCAGGUCUGGGCUUCUUGGACGCCACCUUGUCCCUGUUUGCUAUCGAGACGUUUAAUCUAUCACCUGGCUACGUGGGACUCAUCAUGCUUGGUUUGUCGUUACCGUACUGUCUCUCAUCGCCGCUGAUGGGUUAUUUCACCGACAAAUAUCCUGCCACAAGGAGUUGGUUCAUGGUGACGGGAGGUCUUCUCACAGCAGUUGGGUUCUGUCUACUUGGUCCCGUUCCUUUCCUUCAAAUCCGGAGUCAGCUGUGGUUACUGAUCCUCAUGCUUGGUGUAAUUGGGUUUUCUCUGGGCAUGACUGCAAUCCCCACGUUCCCUGAGAUCAUCACAUGUGCAUAUGGGCAAGGAUUUGAUGAAGGACUAAGUACUCUUGGAAUGGUGUCGGGGCUGUUUGGGGCAGUUUGGUCCAUGGGGAUGUUUUAUGGCCCAACAGUGGGCGGCCUUAUCACACAACAUCUGAGCUUUGAGUGGGCAGCUGCAAUCCAAGGAGGUUUGGCGUUUUUAGCUGCCUUUCUCCUUGCUCUGUAUUAUCUCUUUCACCGGCCGCAACAACAAAGCAGUCCAGAAGAUGGGAGUAGACAAACAGAUGAAAGCACUCCUCUACUGAACGAAUGAAAGCCUCACAAACAUGUGGAAGGACGCCACACUAACCAAAACCCUAUCUUACCGUUUCACCUACUUGAGGGCAUCAACUUUCAAGUUAAACAAAUUGGGUUUUUUUAUUGUCAUUAAUUGCUUUGUAACUUUUUAAAUUAUAAAUUGUGAUGAUUUUUUCUCGGGUAAUGGAAAUGUUUUGUUACAUUUUUUCAUGUACUAGUUUGUUCUUAUGAAAUGCCUUAAAAUGUAUAUGUAGUGGGUACUGCCUAACAGCCGUGAAACAAAGCAGAAUAACUGUACACUUCUGACUUUGAGUUGGUACAUUACAAUGCAAAUUGUCAGAUUAUCAUUUCAUACUGUUAAGUAUUUUCAAGUUGCACUUUGGAUGAAUGUAACAUGAAUGAAUAUAGUGAAACACUGGAAAUCACACAUUUUAAGUCCAGAUCACAAACUAAAUGUGCCUUUUGUUGUAUUAAUGAUCUUAGGUUUCUACAUCGCAUGAUUGAAUUUCAUGUUGAAGUGACAGGUGUCAAGAGCUGCUGACCACAUUCAUAGUAAUACAAAGGAAAAUAACCAUGUUUAGAUCUUUAUCUUUGAAGUGAUGCAUUAUACAAGUCAUAGUUCUAACGAUCAAGUUAAAUAUAAAACCAAUGCUAAUGAACUCCAUACAUUAAUGUUAAUUUAUAAGUAAUGCAACUUUAAUGGCUCAGGUAAUUCUUGAAACUAAUUUUAAAUAUUUAUAUAUAUGUAUAUAUAUAUAUAUACGCACACCCCCACACACUUAUAUACAGUAUGUAUGUAUGUAUAUAUAUAUAUACAGUAUGUAUGUAUGUAUGUAUAUAUAUAUAUAUAUAUAUAUGUACACACACACACACCCACACAUAUACACACACACUUAUAUACAGUAUGUAUAUAUAUAUAUAUAUAUAUAUAUAUAUAUACACACACACACACGAGUGUGUGUAUGUGCGUGUCAUGAAAGGUGUGACUUUACAUAUGAUUUAUAUAGAAAGAGAAACAAAACUAUUGGAAUCAAUAAUCUGUGUUUUUAUAGUUGUGAGGAAAUAGCAUAUGUUAACUGUAAAUCUCUUACAGGCUAAGAAAACAGAACUACAAUAUUACAGAAAUUUUAUUUCCUAUAUUGUCAGUAAAAAGAAAGAAAUUAUUGACACAAUAGUCAAUUAGUUUAUAUAGAUAAAUAAUUUUUAAAUGUAAAAUUUACCAAAAGAAUUCUCAGAAUUGUUCAAUUUUUGACGUGUAUGUAAGUACAAUACAUAAUAUAAACAUACUGACUGUUAAUGGUAAAAAAAUAUUGAAACAUUAAAAAUACAACACACUGCAUCAUUAGUUUUCAUUACAAAAAUGUGUUUUCUAUGAAAAACAAUAAAGAUGAAAGCACUCGA